AUGGUGCCUCAGUUUUACCAGAUAGUGACUUGGACACUCCCAUGGAAAACAUUGAGAAAAGAAAUAAAGGCGAGGGCGAUCAGGACGGGCCAGCAACACGUACAAGAGGAGGUACAAAACUCUCAGCGAUGGCGUGAGGAUAGCAAACCAAAGAAAAAUGUCAAAAGGAAACUAAUAAUUUCAGUAGAUGGUGACUCACAGAUGACUGCAGAUACAGCUCUACCAAAACAGGAUGCAAUUGCUUUGUUCAAAUGCAUCAAGUCUCUAACGAGGAACCAACAAGAAGACGUUAAUAGGAUGGGUUUUGGAAAAAUGUUGUCAUUCAACAUCAGUGGGAUACCUCUAAAAAUUGCCCACUAUGUUGUGGACCACUUUAACCCAGAAGAAAUGGCUAUUGAAAUGCCAUGUGGGUCAAUAGAUGUUGAUGUUGAGUCUGUCCAUGACCUUCUAGGGAUUCCUAAGAAGGGCAUAAACAUGCAAAAUGUACGAACAUAUUCAAAGCUUGAUGUUGCUGUUGAAGCAUGGAGAAAACGAUAUCGUAAACGAUUUGUGGCACCAACGAACCUGGCACAAUCUAUACUCACAAGUGAUGAAGCCAACAGUUUUCAUUUCCGACUGGACUUCCUGAUGUUAUUCUUAACCGUCAUGGUUGAGUGUAACAAAAAUGGGCGAAUGAAAGAGUGGAUUUUGAAAACUUUUACUGGAGACACGGAUUUCAGUAAAAUCAAUUGGUGUGCCUAUCUGAUCCAACAAAUCAAAUCAUGUAAAGAUGGCUGGAAGAGUUGUGAUCCUGAAUCUCCAUUUUCUGGACCACUCACACUUUUGGCUUUGCUAUAUGUCGACAGAGUUAAAUGCACAGGAUUUCCAGUUGACCGGACAAUAUACCCAAUCGUAUUCUGGAGCAAAUACGAACUGAAAAAAAGAGAACGGUUUGAGAUAAAAAGAGGUGGCUUUGGUGGAGAGGAUUUGCAUGAAGUUGGUGUGGUUAGACGGGAUCCAAGAAAAACAGAGUUACAUGCUAAUGAUGAAGUUCUGAGUAAUGAGAUUGCAUUGAUAGAAAAACAUUUGGACGUGAUGGAGGCGAAAAGAGUUACGGUGGAAAAAAAAUUGGAAGUAGUGUUCAAUGCUCAUCCAGACAACGAGCAAGUUAAAAAAUUGAUACAACGAUUUGAGAAAAUUGUACACUCAAAAAAAACAAGCAUAUGGCUGUGGCCUGAUUCCCCAAGGAAAAAAAUUGCUGGGGUCCUCAUGUCUCUUAACAAGACAGUCCAAAACCCAGAUAAUGAUUACACAGAAGACCCUGAAGAUGAUGUGCCAAAAGCGGCUGCAGUGGCAAAGAUCAAUGGUAUGACCUUUUUUACAAAACAUAUUUAUCUUUUUUUAUUUGCAAAUAAUCGUUUACACGAAAAAACUAUUCAUAUGUAUUUGUAGCUCAAAAAAAUAGAG